UGGUGCGCUCCCGUGACGUCACAGAAGGCGGGGCCAGCGCCGCUGCCGGGUGCUGGAGGCGCCAUUGGAGCCGGCUUGGCUUACUAGCCCCGCUGAGGAGCCGGAGCUUGGGUCGCAGUUGCCGCCGGGUCCACUCUCGGUCUCUGGCCCCUCAGCGGCAUGGCGUGCGGGGCGACGCUGAAGCGGCCCAUGGAGUUCGAGGCGGCUCUACUGAGCCCCGGUUCCCCGAAGCGGCGGCGCUGCGCCCCUCUCCCCGGCCCCACUCCGGGCCUUAGGCCCCCGGACGCCGAGCCGCCACCUCCGCCGCUUCAGACACAGAUCCCGCAGCCGACUCUGCAGCAGCCCGCCCCGCCCGGUAGCGAGCGGCGCCUUCCAACUCCGGAGCAAAUUUUUCAGAACAUAAAACAAGAAUAUAGUCGUUACCAGAGGUGGAGACAUUUAGAAGUUGUUCUUAAUCAGAGUGAAGUCUGUGCUUCGGAAAGUCAACCUCACUCCUCAGCACUCACAGCACCUAGUUCUCCAGGUUCCUCCUGGAUGAAGAAGGAUCAGCCCACCUUCACCCUCCGACAAGUUGGAAUAAUCUGUGAACGUCUUCUUAAGGACUAUGAGGACAAGAUCCGGGAGGAGUAUGAACAGGUCCUCAAUACCAAACUAGCAGAACAAUAUGAAUCUUUUGUGAAAUUCACACAUGAUCAGAUUAUGCGACGGUAUGGGACAAGGCCAACAAGCUAUGUGUCCUGAAGCUUUGUUGCAUAUCCGGGUACCAGGUUUGACCUCAAGAGAUGGCUGCUGUACACUUUUUGCAACUGGUUUGAUAUCACAUUUCAGCUCCAACUUUGCAUCCUGAGAACACAUAA